AUGUACCUAAUGGUCCAUUGUCCCGUUAGGAUUCCUGUGUCUUGGAUAAGGAAGCGGGAUUUACACAUACUGACCGCCGGUUCGACGACAUAUACAUCAGAUCAGCGAUUUCAAGUAAUACGCCCGGAAAAUUCGGGUAACUGGACAUUGCAAAUAAAAUAUCCACAACCGCGGGAUUCGGGCAUUUACGAAUGCCAAAUCAAUACAGAACCAAAGAUGUCUCUCUCAUACACUUUCAGUGUAAUUG